AUGAAGGCUGCUGCUAUUCUCUCCCUCGUCUCCCUGGCCCUGGGCGCUGCCCUCGAGGAGCGCGCCUGUGCCGGCAACAACUGCAACCGCCAGGUCACCGGCACCCGUGCCGGACUCCUGCCCCUGGAGUCCCGCAGGGCCGACUGCUCCGAAUUCCAGAAGGUGGUUUCCAGCCGUCCUCCUCGCACCAUCACCAAGGUCGUCUGGACCACCAGCGACGCUGAGCCCACCGACUGCCCUGCCGACAUCGCCGAGCGAGCCUUCGCCGUCGAGGAGCGUCAGGAUGCCCCCACCGCCACGGUCCCCGCCUAUGCCUCAUCCUGCCGCGACGGUGCGGCCUACGCCUCGGCCUGCGACUGCUUCGGCAUCCCGGUCUGGACCACCAGCCCCCGCGCCCGCAUCACCGUCCACCCGACCUCCGAGGCCACCUCGUGCGAGGCCUAUGCCACCAGCACCAUGCCCGCCUGCGCCUCCGCCUGCUGGACCCAGGGCGCCGCCGCCGCCAACUGCGAUAUCGACGAUCUCGCCUGCCAAUGCGAGUACACCGGUUUCAGCGUCAUGGCCUGGGCGAUCGCCACCUGCCUACCCGAGUUCUGCAACUACGACACCGGCUACGCCGUCCACGACGCCGCGUACAACGCUUGCGGUUGCCACGAUGCCUCUGUUGGCAAACCUACUCCUACCCAUUAA